AUGCCGAAUAUCAAGGUGUUUUCCGGAAAUUCACACCCAGACCUCACUCACAAGAUCUGCGACCGGCUUCAGAUCGAGUGUUCGAGGGUAGUGGCGAAGAAGUUCUCUAAUCACGAGACGUGUAAUAGCGUUAUUUAUUUGAUGCUGACGUCGUGCACUUUCAGCGUUGAGAUUCAAGAAAGUGUCCGCGGCGAAGAUGUUUUCAUCGUGCAGUCUGGCUAUGGCGAAAUCAACGACAACCUGAUGGAGCUGUUGAUAAUGAUCAAUGCCUGUAAGAUCGCCAGCAGUUGCCGAGUGACGGCUGUCAUCCCUUGCUAUCCAUACGCCAGACAGGACAAAAAAGACAAG